UUCGGCAGCUCUGUAGUCGGGCAGAACUUUGCCUCUCCCCAGCACCCUGGCUUCUGAACUGGAAGCUGAGCUCUGAGGUUUGGAAUCUCACCCAGAGGCCCUGUGAAAUCCUGCCUGCUCUCCUUCACUGGACCACUUACUGCUGAGGCUGGAGGGGGCACUUUGACAAAUGAACUGAUCAGUAAGGGGCUGAGGGGCAUUGAAAGAAGACUUAAGGUUUACCCAACAAGCAGCUGGGUCUGCUCUGCCCAGAAUGCCCCUUUUUUCCCUAACCCAGAUGAUAUGCUUAAUGGCAGUCACCCUACAUUCAGGUCCACCUGGCAAAUCUAUCUGAGGUUGAGCUGAAAUAACAAGUGAGUCCCUCACUCUCCUUAAAGGGGUCAGCUGUCUCUUCUUGCCAGGAACUGGCUUAGUUAAAGGCCUGUCUAUUCAGCCCUCUGUCCCUGACGUCUCUGUGGUUUCAGAGUGCUAAUGAGCUCCUCUCCUUCCCCUCUCAGGCCUUGCUACUCCCUGGGGAAUUCACACAAAUGGUGUGCGAUUUGCCCCUUCUGUGUUUUUCUUUCUGACUUGGAGGCAAAGCAAAUCCCUCACCUCCCACUGACACCAUGUUUAUUCAACUGGGAGAGAUUUCACACCCAGGAACCCAGCUUUCCCUCCCUGAGCCCCUUCCCUAAAUUUUUGUCCCCCUCCCAAGUCAUCCCACCCCUGUCCUCCCUGAAUAAUUUAUAAGACCAGGCAGGGCUUAUAAAAGGGUCUCCCAGGAAAGGCCAAAAGAGUGCAGAAGGUUCUGGGAAGUAGGAGACCCCACUGGCUUUGGUCCCCUAAGAAUGGACUCUGCUGCCUGUGCUGCUGCUGCCACCCCUGUUCCAGCCCUGGCUUUGGCCCUAGCUCCAGACCUAGCACAAGCCCCACUGGCACUCCCUGGCCUGUUAAGCCCAUCUCGCUUUCUCUCCUCUGGACAAGAAGUAGAUGGGAGUGAAAGAGGAACUUGUCUCUGGAGGCCCUGGCUGUCUUCCACAAAUGACUCCCCAAGGCAGAUGAGGAAGCUGGUGGAUUUGGCUGCUGGUGGGGCAACGGCUGCUGAGGUCACCAAGGCUGAAUCCAAGUUCCAUCACCCUGUCAGGCUCUUCUGGCCUAAAUCCCGCUCCUUCGACUAUCUGUACAGUGCUGGGGAGAUUUUACUGCAGAACUUUCCUGUCCAGGCAACCAUCAACCUAUACGAGGAUUCAGACAGCGAAGAAGAAGAGGAAGAUGAAGAGGAGGAGGAUGAAGAACAGAAGUAGGAGGCCAAUGAAAAGGGGCCAGAAGGGUGUGUGAGGGUACCAGGGUCCAUACCCUACAGCGCCACAGCUCAUCCCCCUUCCUCACCCCUAACCUAUCCAAAUGGAGGCAGCCAGAGUCUGAUUGGGGUUCAGUUUGUCUGGCAAGUUUUCACAGACAUCAGUUAGCCGGGAGUAUUAGUCCAGCAGAUAGAGCUUUCUGGACUGAAAAUUGGGUCAUCUAGCUGCCCAGCUCACCCUGGCUUACCUGAAUGGCCUGUGAGCUCAGGCCUCUUGCAUCUCAUUGUCUGGGCUGCUGUUGUGUUGACCAUGGGAGGGUUCUAGGAGCUCUAGAAGGAAGGCUCGCUGAAGCCCCCAGGAAGCAGAGCAGGGCAGGGAAUGCCCUUGUGGAGGGAAGUAGUCACUCCUCAGGCCCUUUGACUCCCUAGCCUUCCCAGGUGGCCAGGUAGUCCCAUUUCUCUGUGGAAAGCCUGACUUCUGGCUUCACCCCAAGGAAUACCAACAGCAGAUCCAUGCAAGGUUGGGGUGCCUUUUUGAUGAGUCUUACAGGAAGGGAAGGCAGUGUGUAGAGAAUCGGCUUGCUCUGGGGAUGCCCCCCCAUUUUGCCUGCUGUCCAUUGAAGUCUGUGUGUUGGCAUGAGAUGAAUCAGGAGAAAAAUAAACUGGAUGGUGUUUUCCUUUUUCUUGGAACUGUGCUGAUUUCUUAACUGAACUCUGCCCAUAUUGUGAAGCCAUGGGCAGAGGGUCAGAGACUAGCUCAAGGCCAAUUCAUUGCUUUUCCUACCUGAGGUCAGUUGACAAGUUUUUCUUCAUGGGGUUGUAGGGCUGGGGACCCAGCAUGGGGCCAGGCCCUCUCCAUCAAUUUGUGAAAUCAGACUUGAUUAAACUUCAAGGAUGGCUUGGAAAGGGAACAAAAAGGCCCCAAAGGACAGCUUGUAAGUUGGGAGUAGGGAUGCAGGUUAGAGGGGAAAUGUGACAGGUGCAGCCUCAUUUGAGC